UGUAACCGCCGCUGAGCCCGUGCCAGCUCGCGGAGGGCACUGUCUAACUGUAAAACUGUGGGAAAUGCAGCCGGGAGUGAGCAGCAGCACCGAGAGGAUUAAAGCUCAGGGCGUGGAGAGAGAGGUUUAUCCUAUCACCGGGAGAGCGAGUUUAGAAAAGAUCAGAAUUCAGGGUUAGACACUCAUUACAAACACAACGCCUCCUUUACUCCGUCAGACCUAUUUACGAGGUGGAAGAAAGGAAAAUCCUCAAGUACACUUGCGAUUUUGAAUUUAGUGCCUUUCACUUUGCACUGCAAUAAUCACUAGUCACCCCGGGACCCGUUGCCGGCGCUGGAGUGACUUGACAUUCACCCACUGGGAGUGGAAAUUUAUGCCCUUUUGAGCCUAGAGAUGCGUGGAGUUGCGACGUAAAAGACCCAUUCACCUCAGAGGAAACAGCUGCAACUGUGUCCCGUGAAUAUUUAUGGUACGCUGGAAUUUCCUUGCUCUUUCACGCCUAAGUGCCGCUCAAUCUACCUUGGAUCAUUUGGUAACGGGCUGGAGCUUGCUCGGGUUGAAACAGCUCAUUGAUGUGACCAAUUCGACUUUUUCAACGCGCCCUCCAGAUCAAAAGCGGGAUGUGUGGGCGGAUAACGGCGCAGGGCUCUCUUGACCCUCCAAACUGAGGACAGUUUUGAUACUAUUCCAACCAUCAGCUGUUAGGGGCAUUCCUGCAUUUGGAGACUCGAAUAUGUAUGCUUAUUUGGGAAAGGUGCAAUAAUUCUAAGUAAAUGGAGUGAAGCAAAGAUCUCAUGUAAAAGGCCUCCACUUUCAUUCUUAUGCAUAAGGCCUGGGAAUCCCUGAGAUUAUUCUACUUUUACAGUACAUAUUUCAGACAUCAUUAAAUGAAGAUUUUCAGGUGUCGUGUGUCUUUUUAGAACAAUCUCUUUGUGCUAAUUUACCUCUCUGCUGAUUUCAAAAAAUGGACAGCUUUGAAACAGAUGUUAAUCGUAAUACAACUAAUGAAUUGGAUAUAAGUGACAAUGAAGAACUUCUGGAAAAAAUGGAUGAUUAUCAAUUCGCCACAUUUGUAGAGAACUGCUGUGUUAAUUUGCAACAAUCACAUGACAUCCUAGAUGAAGACUGCAUCAAACAAACAUCAGAGAAUUCUUUAAUGUGGGAGAAAUCCUUUGAACACAGUAUACUUCUAGAUAUGGAUGAUGACUUCAACUUAAAUUUUAGUGAAAUAUGUGAUUCCUAUACCAUCUUCCUUUCUCAGUCAUCAGCAGAAGAUGAUAGCCUUAACAUUACUACAGAUGAUAUUGACAAGAUUGAAAAUGAAUAUGAUGGCAGUGAUGAAGAUGAAAUAUACAGCACUAAAGAAACCAAGUAUGAGGAAAACCAACAUAUCUGUCGUUCUAGCUAUUCAGACCAAAAUGAUGAAAGACAAGAAAAUUCAGAAAAUAGUUUUCAAGAGAACAAACUACAGGAUUUGCAGGACAAUACCACUGAUGAGGAGCAGGAAGAAUUGCCAUAUGAUGGUCACUUACAGAAUGUUAGUGAACAUCCAACAGAUGAGCAUCCUGACUUGGUUGAUCACAUGCUGCCAUUAACUAGACUUGUCAGGAACCAGUCAGCUCCUUUGCCUGUUAGUAGGGUGACACAAACUAUCCCAUUGAGCCAUGAAAGAUCAACUGUGGAGAAUUCAUUCUUCUGCCAAGAAAUGCCUGAAAAUCAGCUAAGUACAGAAGCUGAAGAUUCUAAUCAUAGAAGUAAAAGUGAAACAAAUACUUUUUUUUCAGAGGAUACAGUUGAUGCAUUGGUAUCCAGACAUGAAACUAAAUUAGAAAGUAGUGUACCAGUUGAACACAAUCAGCUUUAUGAUGGAAGAUCAAACAUUACCGAAUCACUUCAAUAUUACUUCUCUGAAGAAGACCUGGCACUUAAUUCAACAAUGUACAUUGAUUCUGAGACCUUACCGGAGACCUCUUUUACAGACAGUGUAGAAGAAACUGUAAUUAAGAACCAUGUUUCAUCAAUAGCUAGUAAUAAUUUGCCUAUAAACAUUAACAAAUUUACAUUGUCAGAAGCAGAUCUUUCCAGUAAACAAAGGGUGGAUAGCAAAUUUGCAACUGAAAAAAAGGUGUUUCAAGCUGAAAAUGAUUCAUGCUACAAUGCUCAUGAGAACAUGGAAAAUAAUUGCACAUGUGGACCAGUGAAUUCACCAAAACUAACACAGGAAGAAAACACACAAGCACCAAUUAAUCUUGAAACAAUAUCAGAAAUUGCUCAAAAUCCUAUUUUAAAAACUGGAAGAACAAUUUCAUAUAAUGAAAUCAAAUACGGUAAAGGAAAACAACAUUAUCCUCAGCUUGACUUUUCCAAAGUUGAAUCCAAAGUCAAAAUUCCCAAGAGGACUACUUCUAAUAAUUAUAAUCUGGAAAGACCAAUAAUAAAAAAGGCAAAAUCUUCAGCCAACGUACCAGAAAGUUCUCAUGCAACUCAUAAAUCGAAAGUAGAUGUAACACAAGUGAUAUUGGAUAGUACACAAUCUUCAAUAGUUCCUACCAGAACAAAAGUUAACAGCAAAAUACAAUCUGUGAACACAAAUCAUACCCCAGAACUGUUUCAACAAUUGCAGGAGGAGUUUGACAAACUAUUAAUAAAGUAUGCAGAAGCUGAGAAUACCAUUGAUCAGUUGCGGUUUGGAGCAAAGGUAUCUGAAAACUCUGUUUCAAAUCAGAAUCAAAUGCUUCAGUCUGGACUUUUGUCAUCAUCCUGUCAAGUAAUCAAUUCGGCUGGUUCCCAGCAACAUGAAACUCAGUCAGGAUCUGCUUCCCAUUCAAUUAUAUUCUCUCCUUCAGUUAUUUCUGCUGGAACCAAGCCAGAUUCAUGUCAACCCUUUGCUGAGGUUCACAAGGCAACAGAAGCUGAACAAAUGGCUCAGGAGCUAAAUGAACACAUUGAAUAUUUUAAACAUCAGGUUGAAGACUUUCAGAAGCGCCUUAAUUCUGAAUCAGUUUCUCUAGAAGAUGUACAAUGGGAAUUUAAGAAACUAAGAGAUGGCCAAGAGAAACUAGAAAGAAGAUACAUUGCAACAAAAGAUGAGCACCGAAGUUUGCAGCAGCGCCGCUACCUGGACAAUAGUAUCAUUGUUGGGGAGUUUGACCCUGACAGGGAAAUGGAUGGAGAAAUAUUUAGAACAGGAAUGCAACUGGAAAACAUGAAAGAGAAAAUUGAUGAAUACAUUUGUAUUCAGGCAAGCCCAAAUAAUUCUAUCAUGACUACACCACAUUCCACAAAUCACUCUCUGUCCUCUGAGAAUACCGUGGCUGCCGUUAUACAGGAAGGACUGGGGGUGGUUUUAGUAACACAGGAUAGUUUUCAAAAGGAUGUAAAGCAAGAGGAGACACCAAAGAGGAAUGGUAAUUUAUCAGUACCAGAAGACAGAGACAAUCCCAUUCAACAGAGAGAUCUGAUCAAAUAUUCCAAACUGCCAACAGAGGGAAUGGAUUUCUCAGUGCCUGAAGAGAAAUUAGUCAGUAAUUUCUUAAUGCCUUUAGCAUCUAUCCCCACAAUAGAUGACCAAAGUUGUAGAAGAAUUUCAGAAAUAGUAGUAAAUGACAAUGAAAACCAACUAGAACAGGAUCCUCAAUCACUUGAACUACAAACUUCUACAGUAUCGACAAAAGCACCAUCAACCCUGCUUGACAAUAAUUUUCAUGCUUCUGUUUAUCCAUCUAAUUCAUUCAUGAAUCAAACAUUAAUAUUGCACAGCACUUCACUCCAUGAGCAGGAACUAUCGAAUGAACUCAAGAUAAUUUUGCCAGACAAUGGAAUUGCUGGAUCAGAAAGUUGCAGACCCCACACAGCUAUACAUACAUUGGAUUCUGAACAACCACAAACAGAAAGAUACUCAAAUGUUUGUGAAAAUAUGCAUUCCUGUAAGAGAGGAUUACAUAAUGGAAGCAAUGAAUCAACCCACACAACUGAAAAUAUAAUGGAAAAUGAUAACAAAGUAAGGCAGUUACUUCAGAUGGCAGAUCCAUCUGGCUGUACCAAUCCAUUGAAGUGGCAUGAACCCAUCAUUGGUGUAACAGACUUGUCAGCAGCUGCAGGAAAUUGUUCCCCAGACUUGGACCUUCUCACUGAGAGCUCAGAGGAUCAUAUACCACUACCAAUCCCUCAACAGUGUAAAUCCAAAACAUUGCUACAGCAGACUAAUUGUGGUGAAAAAGAAAAUGAAGACUUAUCUCAAUCAUGGUCAACAAAAAAUGAAGAAGUCUUGGAGCUGCAAAAUGAAGUCUCAAAACUCAAGCAAUCACUAAGGGAAAAUCUUUCAAAGUUGUCCAAUGUAUCUCCAUCACAGAGACAAAGAUAUCGAACCAGAUCGUGCCAUAGUGAGAAAUUUUCAUCUACAAGAUGUGAGGAGGAUGUUAAGUUAACUACGAAUUUCUUAAACAGCCUAAAAAGAAGAUCCUGUAGUUGGCAAAGAGGAGAUAAAGAUGCUUCAAAUCCAAAACUAAACAACAGAAUGGAAGAUCUAUUUUUUUCUGAUACACAAAUAUCUGUAUAUGCAAAGCAAGGUUUCUUGGAAAAACCAAGAACAGCUCAUCAUAGACGAAGUUACUCAGAAGGUCACAAAUCAACCAGGACUUGGCUAAAAGGUUCAUAUAAAGGCUUACAGUCAUCAACAAAUGGACUGAAUUUACAUAGACCGAAAAUGAAUAGCUGUUUUUUGUGCAGUAAGAAAACACCUCAUAAAAUCCUCUCUGAGGGAUCAUCAGGGCAAAGUAGGCAUGGGCUCACUUCCAGCCUUGGAAUUUCAGCUACUGCACCAAAUAAAUACUCUGAGAUAUUCGCGUCUAUUUCACCAUUAAGGUAUGAUACCAUUGAGUAUCCACCAAUAUCAAAUGGCUCCAGGAUUUACUAUUCACCUACAUGUGAAAUAGACAAUGUAAGGUCACCAGUUUUACCCAAUCAAUUUUGUAGCACCAAGUCAUUGUUGAGAGGUAACAUUGAAAAAAGCAACAUUAAUGCACAGGAAAUUUUACAUUUAAACACCACGUUGGACAGAGCAAUUGAGACUGCAAACAACAUGAAGAAAACCACCAGGAGGAUGAUUAAGAUUUUGUCUGCUGACUUGGCCAAAGCUGAGUACUAUAAAUAUUUGUAUGAUUUCUAAUUUUCUGAUACUGUAAAUGAACCCAGUGUGAUGGGUGGUGUAAUAUUAAAUAUAAUAGUGCAAAAUGGAAUAUGAAUUUGGUACUUUUUUCUCAAACAGUACAUUGAUUUGAAAUAUUAAGGGCUACAGUUAGAUAAUUAUUACAGAUUUUGGGUCCUAGCUCUAAACCUCUUAUAUCUAGGAUAGUUUCAAUGUAUAAUUUCAGUUACAUCACACUGCAAAUUUUUGCUAUAAAUUCUGUGUUACGAUCGAGCCCUCCA